CUCCUUCCUCCAACAUUUUCUUCCAUUUCUUCCAUCAUUCAUCUGUCUAUAUAAAUGCGCAUACCCAUAUUAACAACUUCCCCACAACAAAAGUUUCUCCCUUUGGUCUCACUAUACAACACAACCCCAUUAAUUUCUUUCUUUUUUGUCACGAGUGUUGCAUUGAGGAAGUAAAAGCAGCGAAAGCAGCAAUGGGAUCCAGGAAGAACCCGGUUGUUUUUGAGGACUACUUCCCUGCAAUGAUGGAGAAGCUGGGAACCGAUGGGUUCAUGAAGGAGCUGACGAACGGUUUUCAGCUGUUGAUGGACGGAGAGAAGAAGGUGAUAACGUUUGAGAGCUUGAAGAGAAACUCUGCAUUGCUUGGGUUGGAAGGGAUGAAUGAUGAUGAGAUAAGGUGCAUGCUAAGAGAAGGUGAUCUUGAUGGUGAUGGAGCACUCGAUGAGAUGGAAUUCUGCACUCUGAUGUUCAGGUUGAGCCCUGCUUUGAUGAACAAUUCCAAGGAACUUUUGGAGGAAGCCAUUUUCCCUUCUCAUUAGUUUCUUCUUCUCUCACACAGCUCCUUUGCUUUUCUUUUUUCUUCUUUUCUUCUUCUUUUUUACUUUCUUUUUCUUUUUAUGGAGCUGUUUGUGUUUGUAAUUGGGAUUUGUGGUUAACUAGUUGAAUGAACUUUUCUUAUUCAACAAUGUCACCACUCGAUAAGUUAUUACUAUUACU